AUGGAUCCGGUAUCGAUUAUCGGUCUUGCGGCGUCAAUUGUACAGCUCGGCGACUUUGCACUGAAAAGUAUAACCACAUUGUCAAAAAUUCGGGACUCAAUCAAGAAUGGCUCGAAAGAUCUUCAGGCUAUACAAAAUGCUAUUUCAUGCCACGCAAAUACACUUGAUAGGUUUACCGAAAUUGCUUUCAGCACCAAAACCCGAUCAGAAGCCGAAGAGAAAUUAGUGCUUCAAUUCCAACAGCAAAUACUGCAGUUCAAGGAUGCUCUGAAAGAGUACUCGAAGUUGAUGAAAAAAACAAACCCGACAAUGUUUAGCGGCAAGAAGACGGGCCUGGCAGAAACUGCUGUGAGAAUGCUCUUGAAAGGCGAUGAGAUUCGCAAAUAUCUGGAAGUCUUGGACAAGCAAAUAUCGAUCAUCUAUUCCUUGAGGCAAGAACUUGCAGGGAAUGAAUCGCGAGACACACAAGUUAUUGUCCAAAAUUUCACCCCACAGAUUGCAUCAAUCCACGAAUCUCUGGAGAUAAUGAACCGGCGAAUUGCUCCACGCCAACAUCUUUCCGACCCUCUUGCCUCGCGUACAUCGAAGGUAUCCGGCGUUACGUUGCCUAACAUCACGAAUGGUGCUGUCACUUGCAGAUGGACUUCUCGCAGCUUUUUGUCGGCUCUAGGGAGUUUUCAGUGUUAUGGGGCAGUAGACGUGCGAAACGUCAAGAAACCCGCAAAAAAAGGGUCGAUUCUUUCUGAAAGUUUUAUUGAUUUCACGUUCAACCCAAAAGCCUUUUUUUCCAGCUAUAUGAUAGCUUUUCGAGCUAGCUGGGCACAGUCUAGUGGUUCAAGCAUACAUAUUGGGUUAAAGCCCAUGUGCCACAGGAUUAUCACCGACGCAGCGACCUUGGAAUUGUUUGGCCCUUCGCCAGGACCUCUUGCAGUUGAGUGCCUACUCAGCUCCGGCGUUGUUUCUGCAAAUGAUGUACUGUUACGUCCCCGUGAGUUUAUAGAACAAUCCAGCCUACUCGAAGGAGCUCUCAUUGCUAUGCACUUCGACAACUAUGAGUACAUCUACGAAGUAUGUCACUUGCUUUUGAAAUACGGUGCCGAAGUAACCUCCUUACCAGGUGAAAAUGUGGUCUUCGACGGAUUCAACAAAGAUCAUAGUUCAAGUUCGUUUUGGGACGCGGACAACUUCAGGUCAGAAAUCCUACAUUUUGGUACUCUCCAGAUGUAUCAAUACUUUAUCGAAGAUUGUAAUCGGCCCGCCAACUAUUUUAACCUGAACGACGACUUCGAAAAUAGUUUUAUGGCACGCAAUAUUGAAAUAUUUCACAGCUUACUUUCAAAACGGAAGAGUUUUUCAAUUGAGGAAUUUCAAGGAAUAAUAGACAGCCAGCAUCUUUGGACCACCUUAGCUGUGCCAGAAGGUUGGGAUGUCAUACUUUCCAAAAUACCCGCUCCCAACGAAGGCUGUAUGAGUCCGUAUCUCCACUUACUCUUACACCCCAUGUUUUCAGAAUCAUCAGUGGGACUUUCAGAACUGGCUGACAGAUUGAUUCAAAGAGGCGAUGCCACCACGUGCAACGGUUUCAUUCUUGGGAAAGAAGUCCUCCAGCUAGUUCUUAACCCAGAGGUCGCUGAAAAGGAAUCCUAUCCGGGCCGAUACACGCACAGCGUAGAAAGUAUUUUAAGCUUACUAGUAAGUUACCCAGAUGUCGACCUAGAAAUAGGUACAGAUGGACUGUUCUAUCGCCAAGAUAUGGAGAACAGGCACCUAGUAGUCUUUGAGGAGAUUGUAGGCUUCACGCCAUUAAUGAUAGCAGUGUACGCUGGAUAUGUGAGCGUAACUGCUAUUUUGGUAAAUGCUGGCGCUGGAAUCCAGAACAAAGCACUUUGUGGCUUUUCUGCAAUUCAACUCGCAAGACACAAUGCUCAAGGGGAUCAUCCCCGAAAGGUCGAUUGGACAAAGUGUAAGGAGUACGGUACGCGGCGCAUAAUUCUCUCCAUAUCCCUUGAAACAGAUAUGGAGACGUUGCGGUUGCUUGAAGGCGCAUUAAUUACCAGAACCGACGAGGAGGAAACUGAACCUGCGUCUACCGUUGAUGGCGAGUUAAUAUUAUCACGAGUCAACAAACAGAAAAAGCUGGGAUAUCGAGAUAUCUUAGGACUUUCAAGUCGAUGGCUUCAAUUCCUUGUCAAAGGUCUCAACGAGCUAACAGUCAUGCUACACUCAUACGCCAUAAGCGCAUUUUUGCUCAACACGGCUAUGUACCUUCUCCUCGCUAUUUCGAUAUUCACAUCCCCGACUUUUCAGAUCUCCGAAAGUUUUCGAUUUAGGACCAUCUUCACAUUCUUCACACGACCGAUUGUGAUCAUUUUCAUAGCUGUUACACUUUGGUAUGUGCGGCGCUGA